GGACCUAUAUUCACUUUCAGGAUCAACCAAACAAUUGAUGUAAUGCUGUAAGACAUUAAGAAGCAUGUUGACAUUUUAUAUAGAUAACGAAUAACCUAAUUCAGUAAAAAUCUGAUCAUCUUCAUCUAUCUCUACCCGGUUUGCUGCCUAGCAACGGAAGAUGCUGCGCGCAAUGUACGAUUUCCAAGCGCCGUACGAGGGCACGCUAAGUUUUGCUGAAAAUGACCUUUUCGUGACAUUAAAAAGAACUAACAAGGAUCACGAAUGGGUUCACGUCAUUAAGCUAAAUGGAGAAAACGGCUAUGCUCCAGCCAAUUACCUCACCGUAGCCCCAUGUUCCAAAAUAGAAGAAAUCAAACACAUCGAUGAUAUUUUAAAACGAAUUUCUUCCAAGCGGUCAGCUAGUCGUGACCAAGCAGCUGUUAUAGAGAACCUAAAAGAAUCUCGAAUGAAACUAGAAAUGGAGCUAGAACACUUGGCAGCCAAACAGAUGUACGAAUUAACAUCACUCGUUCGCCACAACACGAGGUGUACGUUCCAGCAGGCGCAAGGGGCCAUUCUCGAAACUCUGAAAUACUUGCAAGAGAACGUUCGUCACAUUCCGAAUGGAAUAGAGCGCAUUCUUAAUACCGAUACAGAUCAGAUUUCCAUGGACAUCCGCCGUGGCGGACUAGAUAGUCACCAUUUGGAUCGGGUGGUUGGUUUAAUCAUGGAAUUUGCCUCAGAUCAAGAGACUGAUGUUCCAGAAGAAACUUGGAAUGAAAUGUUAAACCUCACAACACAUGCUGAUCGCGCUUUGCUGAUUGCUGCCCUUGAACGUCAUGAUUGUGCCUUACUGUUGCAGUUGGUUCACCGUUUGCAAGCCGAAACCUCAUGGAGAAAACGGAAACCGAUACUUGCCAUUCUCUUCCAUGCCCUCCAACUCUUGCCAACAUUCGUCAACGUGGCCAUCAACUCAGUUCUUCCUUCCGAAUUGGCCAGAGAUAUCCAAGCGAUUGGCACUGCAAAAGAUAUCAAUAAAGAUCGCAUUUAUUGGUCGAUCCGAGUUCUAACUGUGACGUUAUGUUGCCACGAACCACUAUCUUUCGCGCAGCAAAAUGAGCUCGGAGAGAACUUGAUUGCUCUUCUCGUUGACGUGUUAGAAACGGAAUCCGUUUCCAUAGCUACAAGUGAUGAAAAAGAUCAGGAAUGUUUGACAAUCACUAGUGCCGCAAUGCAUUUAAUUUUGGCCCUGUAUCGGCAGUUCAGUUUAGUGUCUUCGGAGAACAAUCCGGUUUUGCUUUGUUUAGCUAAUAGAAGUAUGUGUGACAGCCUUAUCGAAAAGAUCUUGCUGCUCUACAACAGAGAAGAUGAUCCUAUUAAACAAUACCUUGGCGAACAACAUGAUAAGAAUCAAGCUGAUUCUGUGUCCAGCUUGAUGCUUGGACUCUUUUCAGGAGUUGAAACAGCCAAACUGUUUUACACAGCUGACCUAGAAGUUUUGCUUGAUGUCAUUUUAAGACGGCUCACUGACUAUGGGCCAGGAGAUAAGAGACGGUCAGACGCCUUGCAGCUUUAUCAUGCCAUAAUUAGGGUCAAUUGUCCAGAUUAUAAAAAAGGCGAUUUCGCAAAAUGUUUAAAAGUCAUACGUGAAGAGUCAGACAAAUUAGGAAGCCCAUCCACAGCCAUGCAACAAGAUCAUCACAAAAUUAUGCAAAUUUAUCACGAAUUUCCUGAUUUUCUCGAAAGAUCUUAAAGUACUUCCUUCGAUCUAAAAAAAUAAACUAGUCCAA